UGGGAGUUCUACUACACGGAUUUCGAAGAUCUCGAAAAUAAGAUUGAGGAAAUCGAACCGCAGUACUUAAUACGACAUCACCGCACAUACCUGUCACUUGCCGAAAGAAGUACAUUUUGGACCCCCCCAUCCUCCGAUGGACAUCUCCAAGAAAACCCACUACGACUUGGCUGUAGCCCCUCCUUCUUUGGACGAAGCGCUUCCUUUUGGGAGAUUCUGCCCCCAUCUGCGGUUUAACGCAAAACACAUUCAGGAUCAUUUGACCAAUACAUCUGUCGAAGGCAUCGGCCAGCAUAAAUUAACCCUCUUCUGUGAACACUGCACUACGGACUACCGCGUCGAACUCCUCCCGGACCGGGUAGUCUUCCAAGUGUGGUAGGAUUUGGGGGCUAGCGGCCCACUGAGUGAGAAACACUGGCAGGCUCGUACUUAUGGGAUCGGUACCGUCUUUCAUACGCCCGGAUGUAUCAAACAGAAGUAUGACUCGAGACCAGAAAUGAUCUAGAGAGCUUUCAGGCGGCUGAGACGAUUCUUCCGAUUCGGACAUAGGGACUAGAUUGGGACAUCUAGGUCUUGUAGUGCUUGAAAAAUUCAGAUAGCUGGCUUAUAUACCUG